AUGCUAAUAAUUGAAGUCAAAUGUGGAAUAGUUGUAAAAGUUGUUUUCUCUGACACAAUUGGUGAGCACCAGCAACGAGCUAGGAAAACGUACUCAGCUAAUCAGAGAGCACUAGAUUGUUUUGUUUCAAGGUUAGAUCACCAACGAAAANAGGAGAACUUGAAGAAUGCUGUCAAGAACACCGUAAGCCAAGUAGCCAAAAAGACCUUGACAAUGGGUGCUAAUGGUGAACUUCAUCCAGCAAGAUUCUGUGAAAAGGAAUUGCUACAAGUUGUGGAAAGGGAAUACUUGUUUACCUAUGUUGAUGACCCCUGCAGCUCCACGUACCCUUUGAUGCAGAAGCUGAGACAAGUCCUUGUUGAUCAUGCAAUGAAGAAUGGUGAAAGUGAGUCGAAUGUGAACAGCUCAAUCUUCCAAAAGAUUGUAGCUUUUGAGGACGAAUUGAAGGCUGUGUUACCUAAAGAAGUUGAGAGUGCAAGAGCUGUGCUUGAAAGUGGCAACCCUGUAAUUCCUAACAGGAUAACAGAAUGCAGAUCAUAUCCAUUAUACAGGUUUGUAAGGAAAGAAGUUGGAACAGAACUAUUGACAGGUGAAAAAGUUCGUUCGCCUGGUGAGGAGAUUGACAAGGUAUUUACAGCAUUUUGCAAUGGACAAAUCAUUGAUCCAUUGUUGGAAUGCCUCAAAAGCUGGAAUGGUGCUCCUCUUCCAAUUUGCUAGAUGUUUAAUUUUCUUUUGGACAGUAUGUAAUAUUGGCUCAACUAAGGUGCCAAGUUUAUCCCAUUAUGAGAAUCAGAAUAUAUAGAAUAUUCUCUACAUGACUUAAAAUAAGCUGUUGAAAGAUUUCCAAAUUAUAUGUUCA